AUGAUUUAUGCAAAGUUUCCUCAGUAUAUCAACGCUAACAAGAUAGUCGAACUUGAUGAUUUCGGUUAUAAAUUCUACCAUGUUUUGAUACGAACCAUUAUGUCAGAUUGGCUUCUUUAUGCUAUCCGACCUUGUCUUUUGUGGGAUGAUCCACAGCCAAAUAACUCCAUGAGACCAACUGCAGGACUCUCUACUCCUUCCCAAUACAAAGACGAUUUUGAUACAAUGAUACAAAUGCAGACCAUUAACACAUGCAUGUUGCUCUCCACGUUGCAAUUGUUCAUUAAAGAUAGCUACCAUGCAACCGGGACUUGCUUAAAUUCGUUUUGCUUAAUUCUGGCUUUCUGGGAUUCAGGCUAUUUGCAAGAAUAUCGGUGCUAUCGACGUUUGGUUGCAUGCAUACACCUGAGCCACAAAAUAAUGUUCAAUUAUGCAAAUGUUUGGUCCUCAAAUUUUCUAAUUGUCGGUGUACAUGACAAUUUUACUUCUGGUAACCAGAAUAGUGUUCUAGUGAAAACUCGGCAGCUAAAGAUUUGCAUAUUCAUUAAUAUUAUUGAAAGGAAAACAAAAGAAAUGGAAUAUUUCCUAGUGGCGCUGAUUAUGUGGGUUUUAUGCAAUGUGCGUCCAGAAUUCGAUUUGGCUUGA